AAAAGGCUGGAGCGCACAGUGAAGCACUCUGGUUCAGCGCUUCUAGAGGGGAGGAAACUAAACCACCUACAAAACUCAACAAUACAAGCUUAUCCCCCUCUUUUCUUUUCCUUCUACGGAUUUUAACUGCAACUUAAACUUCUGGAGCAACUUUUUCCCAACUUUUUUUUUUUUCUUUUUCUUCCACAAACCAAACAAAACCAGUCGUGGCACAAACUACCGCGCGUCGCAUUCAAGGAUCCUCCUGCUCGGUCCUCCAUGAAAGAGGGAGUGCGGCAGCAAAUUUGGGGAAAAGAGAUGUCAGCGACCGUCUUGUCUGCUUUCUACGACAUGGACAUGCUUUACAAGCAAGAUAAAAGCAUGAACAUAAACGCCAUCCACAUAAACAGCAUGCUGGACAAGAAAGCGGUAGGAGCUCCGGUGACAAAUCCGGGCUCCGGUGGUUCCUUCACUCCAGGAUUUUUCCGCAGAAACUCGACCAGCAACGUGGAGGCGAUGAACAACGGCAACAAGUACUCGAUGGGCUCCUACAGCAGUCUGAAAGAGAACACACCGAGCAGUAACAGCAGCAGCAGCAGCUCCAGUGCCACAGCCCUCAUGAAUAAGGAGAACAAGUUCCGCGACCGCGCCUACAGCGAGAACGAGCGGGGCGUGCUGCAGCAGAAGCCCGGCUCACAGAUCAACUCCACCCGCUACAAGACGGAGCUGUGCCGGCCCUUCGAGGAGAACGGGUCGUGCAAAUACGGGGAGAAAUGUCAGUUCGCACACGGUUACCACGAGUUGAGGAGCUUGUCCCGUCACCCUAAGUAUAAAACAGAGCCGUGCCGUACUUUCCACACCAUCGGUUUCUGCCCGUACGGCCCCCGGUGUCACUUUAUCCACAACGCCGACGAGCGCCGGCCCGCUCCGACCGCUAACGCCAACGUGCAGCCCGGAGAGCCCCGGUCGGCUCGGGAGCUGUGCGGCUACGGCCAGAGGGACGUCCUUCCGCCCCAGCAGCAGCAGCAGCAGCUCGGCUACACCCAGAGGGACAGACCAAAGCUUCACCACAGCCUCAGCUUCUCCGGCUUCUCCACCCACCACGGCCUGGAGUCUCCCCUGCUCGACAGCCCCACUUCCCGGACCCCGCCGCCGCCGAACACCGCCUCCUCCUCCUGCACCUCCGCCUCCAGCUUCUACGAGGAGGUGCUGUCCCCUAACUCGGUGUCGUGCAUUAACAGUGCCUUCUCCUUUCCCGGACAGGACUUAAAGGCCUUACUGGCCCCCCUGGCCGUGCACACAUCCAGCGGCGGCUACGCCAACAACCACUCCAGCGGUGCCUACUACAUGCAGGGGGGCAGCACCGUGUGUCCGCCCUCCCCUCCCACCUACAACAUGAGCCACUUGCAGGCGCUGCGCCGCCUCAGCGAGUCGCCGGUGUUCGAGCCUCCUCCCAGCCCGCCAGACUCGCUCUCUGACCGGGAGAGUUAUGCGAGCGGGUCCCUCAGCUCUUCCGGGAGUCUCAGCGGCUCCGAGUCCCCGAGUCUGGACGCUGGAAGACGGUUGCCAAUCUUCAGCAGGCUGUCGAUUUCAGAUGACUAAACAUGUUUUUUUUUUUUUUUUUUUUUUUUUUUUUUUUUGCUUUUUUUUUUUUUUUUCACAUGGAUUUACGGACUGGGGAUGGAUAGGGGGUGCAUGGAGGACUGUUGUCUGGAAGGAGGGGGUUCAGAUGUGUGACUGUCUUCAACCAGAGGAAUCCCGGUUCAACUUCAAACGCCCCCCCCCCCCCACACACACCCUUUGGACCCCUCCUGCAUUUCAGCCUUAAACACCUUGCUGAAGUGCCUUUGAGCAAGACUUUGAAUCUCCAGGGGUGCUGACCCUGCUCUGACCUCCCUGGAGGGGGGCAAGAGAAGAGAAUUUCCCCACAGGGAUCAAUAAGCAUCAUACAGUUUAAAGUGUCCUUGACCUGGCAUUAGUCUAGUAUUGUUUUUUUUUUUUUCUUUUGUAUGUAAUAUAGCUGUAUUAAAAACUUAGAUAGCAAAACAGAAGGCAUUCCAUCAGUGCCUUGCCCAAGGGCUCUACGGCAGCCCCUCUCCUUUUGCUCUAUCAGGCAAGCCACACUUUUCCUGGGAUUAGAUGUGUAACAUGACUUGACAAGAAGAAGAGACUGUAAGCGGUUUCAGAUUUCCUCCCAUCCUGCCAAGAAUAUGCCUUGACUCAAAGUAACAUUUUUUUUCUUUAUCAAAGUGUGUUUUUCUUUUUUUUUCUUCUUCUUCUUCUUCUUCCUUCUUCUUCUCCUGAAAGCUUCAACUUCCAUUCCAGUUCUGUCUUCUCCCAGCGCCACCCAGUGGUUCGUUUGGUUAGUCUAGUUUGUUGCUUGGUUAAAAAGCACUCUUGAGUUGGGUUUGUUUGGGGAAAUCACUGCUGAUGGUUGAAUAUAUAUUUUUUUAGCUGUUUUUGAGUGAUUUACAUAGCAGUGCAUAACUGGCUAUGGACUAUUUAACUUAUUUAUUAUCUUGUGAAAAAAAAGUAUAGGCUACAUUGGUAAUUUGUGUCCAUACUGUAUUUAUCAAGUAUGAUGAAGCAAUAGAUCUAUAUUCUUUUAUGUUUAAAUUAUGAUCGCCAUUAUUAAUCUGCAUAAAGUGGAGUGUAUGUUCUUUUCACAGUAAUAUAUAUAUUUUGUUUUUUUCUCCUUUUUUGUAACUUCACUUGGUUAUUUUUAUUGUAAAUGAGUAAAAAAAAUCUUAAUUUAAGAGAACGUAUGUGAUAUUUAUUUCAUUAAUUUUGUUUCCUUGUUUACGUUUUAUUAAAAAAAAGUUUGCGUGAUUGCUGUUUGCUCCUGAGGUUGUGUCAGUGCUGUAGAAGGCUUUUUUGUUUUGUUUUGUUUUGUUUUUUUUCUCGGAGGAUCCCUAUUUAGAUGUUUCUGUAGAAUGUAUAAACGAUGUGGUUGUACAGACCGUCCAAACCGUACUUCUUUUGUUUAUCUAGAUCAGACUUCAGUGACAAAGAACCCAAGUCAAUAAAUUAACCAAAAAGUAUUUUUGUUUUCUCUGUUUGCACGAGGUCACACUGUGAUUCCAGCCACGUGCUAAAGAAUGUAGCAAUCCCUUGUGCCCCAGUAUUAUUGCGUAGUGCCUAAUGGGGUUCACCAUCUUGACAUGCCUUAAAAUUAACCAAAUAAAGUAUUUUUCCUACAUGGCAUCUUUUAUACACAGGUUGAACUGAAUGUAGUGUUGGUUUCUGAAAUGAUAACUAUUUUUUUAAGGUUGUUACCACUCAGACACUCUGACAACAACAACCAUAACCUUUCUAAAUCCCCAUUCCUCUUAUUUUUUGAUUUCCUUUUUGCUCUGUUCUUUCUUUUUUUUUUUUUUUAAUAUUGAAAUCUAGUCUGAGUCUUGAGAGUUCGCUGGCGAGGGAAGUGGUUGAACACAUUUGGUUUGUACAUAGUAGGUACAGGGGGAUGCGCACUAUGUACUUUUGACUACUUUAUCAGAAGUAAAGCUUUUUGAAUGUAACAAAAAAAAAAAACGGACAAAAAGACAACGAGAGUUGUAAUAUUUUUUUGGGGAGUCAGUUCACUACAAAUUGAGUGUGA